AUGGCUAUCCAAGCAUUACGCUUUUUCGUGCUCAUCCUUCUUAUUAGCUUCGUUCAUUGUCGAAUUCUAAGACUCAACUCCUCUGAUGAUUUAAUAUCAGAUGGAAUUGAUCGCGUUGACAAUGAAUCUCCUAUUCUUACUGCAAAUGUUUCUGUUUCCUCCACAAACACUUGUAAUCACCAAUAUGGCUUCCUCCCAUGUGCAGAAAAUGCCGGAGGUUACAUUUUUCAAAUACUGAUUUAUCAGGGCCUACUCAUGUUCGGAGAAAAGGAGCUGAGCACUGGGAGCAGGGUGCUAUUCAAUAUUCUUGGAGCCAGCAACAUUGUUGGUAUUAUUUUCCGAAUCCUCGUGGGGUUACCAGCAAUUUUGAUUAUGAUCGUAUCUGGAGUUUUCAGUAGCAAAGACGAAGCUCAAUCUAAGGUGUCACUUGGAGUGGGUAUUUAUGCUGGAAUCACUGUCUUUACUCUUACAUUACAAUGGGGUAUAUGCGUAAUUUUUGGCAGGAGAAAGUUGCCUAAGGAAUUGACGUCUGAUCAUACUGAAGACGCACCAACUACAAAGAAUUGUUUGCUAGCAAAAGAAAUAGUUUCUGACUUAAAAGAUACUGGUGUUACCAUAGACAAAGAGACUCGUCGUACGGCUGGAAUUAUGCUCUUGUCUUUGAUUCCUUACAUAAUCAUACAACUAGUCGAUAUCUUAAAAACAUCAUUCGAAGCUCACGUAGUGAUUUUGAUAUCACUCUUCAUAUCAUCCACAAUGCUACUAUUAUAUCUCGUCUACCAGGUUAUGAAUCCUUGGAUGCAGGAAAGAAGUUUAGCCUACACAAAGUAUGAGACAAUGAGAAAAGGAUUUCUGCAGCACAUGCAACAACAUGGGAAGCUCAUUGAUGAACAUGGGAACCUUAAUGUUCCUGUCAUCAGAAAUUUAUUUGCUGAAACGGAUAAAGAUGCCAACAAAACUAUAACAAAGGAUGAAAUGGAAAAGUUGAUGCAUGAUUUAAUCAAUACAGGGAAGAUGAAAGUUGACGAACAAUUUGCUCUUUCUGAAGCAAUGAAACUAUUUGAUUUUAACCACGAUGGGUCAAUUAACUAUCAAGAAUUCGCCGAUGGUUGCAAAAAGUUGAUUACUGAAACCGAACAGUCGACUAAAAUUGGUGAUACCUCUUCAAGUAUUCCCAUGGCAAGCUACUUUUUCAUGGCAUUUUAUAUUUGUUGA